CUUGCGCUUUCCGUGUUUCCCUUCUGCAGGCUCAUCAUUGAUUGUAUUACAUCAGCGAAAAGAGCUCUUUGGUCCCUCGUCGAACCUUCUAAGUCUUCUAACUUCUAAGUCUUCCAAGUCUUCUGCUCCGUAAGUCCUCUCGGCCAGAUCCUUAUGUCUGCGUGCUUUUCCACGUCCAUCUCUGUCUCCAAUUCCACUCCCGAUCACAUCCCGUCGGUCUCCUUUUCCUCAGCCAUAUAAGGAUCCCGCGCGCUCUUAUUCUCCCCCUUUUCUCACGCGCGCCGUCUCUCUCCGCAAGCCAAGCCGAAGAACCUCUUCGCGUUCCCCCAGUCCCAGGUCCGUGUGUGUGCAGCCGCAACCAUGUCCUACAUCGAUCCAUCUGUCAGUCGGCGCGGGAAGCCCUCACUGCUGUCGAGAACUGUCACCUACAUCCAGCUGAUGUACUACCGUUACGAGGUCACCUUCUCGCCAUAUGUCAUGUCGCACGGGGAGAAGAUUGUCAUGAACACCAUUGUGGUCACCCUGCUGUCGCUCCUCCUGCUCGGCAUUGUGUCCUAUCUGCCCCAGCUGUUGACGAGAGCUUCUCUGAGGCUCUUCUGGCUUUACACGGGUGCCGACGAUCAGCUGCUGGUGGGCAGUAUCCCCUCGACGGGGAGAGAGAUGGGGCCGGAGUUUGGUCAUUGACGGUAAUUAUUCUUGUUCUUUCUCUCGUUCCAGCCCCCUAACUCGCUCAACUUGACGAUCGCCUCGAAAGCUCCGACCCCAUGAAAAUAAUAACUCGGCAUUCACACCCACGCCUAACAUCACCUCCCGGGACCUCGAUCGCUCACUGUCGCGGUCCUCGAGAGCAAAGUUCAUUUCUGCCAUGGUCGCCGAACUCGAGCUGAUGUUAUUUCCAGUAGUACUCCGCUGCCUUGUAUGCCUCUACGAUCCCGAGCUGUCCCAAGAAACCAAUCCUCA